AUUUUUCUUUUGGAGUCGAAUACCGCGUCGUCGUCUCUUCAAUUACAAAGACAGCUCCCGCUACCAUUCCUCCCGCUCCCGCCAAUCCACUCCACCUCCGUCUCCGUGUAGGCUUCGUCAAGAGAAGCUUUCCUCCGCCUCCGCCUCGUCCUGGAAUCCGUGAUUGGACCCGCCAAGGCGGCCUGACGGGUCGUCACAAAUACUAACAAUCUUGUCUCUGUCCCCCCCUCUGACUCGGAGCGCUUGGUUGAUGGUGAUCUCGGCGAAGUGAUCGAGGAGGCGAGCGAGAGCCCCCGCUGCUAUUCAUGUAAUCUUGUUGUUGUCGGGAGCGAGGAGGAAGGAGGAUGCCGUACUGCGUGGUGACCGCGGCGGCGGCGGACGUCGCCGGCGGCGCCCACGCGCAGGAGGAGGAGGUGCGGAUCUUCUACCAGCGGUACGGCCACGGCGCAACCAAGGUCCUCCUCAUCAUCGGUUUCGCGGGGACGUACGAGUCGUGGGGCCCGCAGGUGAAGGGCCUGAGCGGCGCCAUUGAGCCCGUCGACGAGGAGGCCCCGGCCGGCGACGACUCCGGCGCGGCGGAGGGCGUCGAGGUCUGCUGCUUCGAUAACCGCGGCAUGGGCCACAGUUCCGUGCUGGAGCAGAAAUCGCAGUACACGACGGCGAUCAUGGCGAAGGACGCGCUAGCGCUCAUGGAUCACCUGGGAUGGCGAAAAGCGCAUGUCUUCGGCCACUCCAUGGGGUCCAUGAUUGCUUCGAAACUGGCCGCAAUGGCGCCGGACCGGGUCGCGUCGCUGGCGCUGCUCAACACGACAGGAGGAGGCUACCAGUGCAUCCCAAAGUGUGCUGUUGCUUUCUGCAAUUCAUUCUCCGGCUUCUGGACUGCUUAUUAUCGGGUUGAAAAAAUCAAUCGAAACAUGGUCGAUUGGCACACGAUAUCUCUCGCCUGUCGUUUUCUACGGGCAAGAACUCCUGAGCAGAGAGCGAUUCUUGAUCUUGAAGUCCAUUAUACGAAGGAAUACCUUGAGGAAGCUGUUGGAUCAAGUACCAGAAGACAAAUGCUUUAUCACGAAUAUGUGAAAGGUUUGUCAUCUGGUGGUAUGCAAUCCAGACAUGGAUUUGAGGGGCAGUUGAAUGCUUGCUGGACACAUAAGCUCUCAACAAAAGAAUUAGACAGAAUUCGCUUAGCAGGUUUCUUUGUUCUAAUCAUUCAUGGCAGGGAUGAUGUUAUUGCUCAGUUGUAUUAUGCAAGGAGGCUUGCAGAAAAGCUCCAGCCUGCUGCCAAACUGGUUGAGCUACAUGGAGGCCACCUAGUGAGUCAUGAAAGACCAGCUGAGGUCAACAUGUCCCUCAUGGAGAUGAUAAAAGCAUCAAAAUCAAAUACAGACCUAGAGGAGUGGUCAAACCUUCCAAAGAAGUCCGACGCUGGUUCUCUCCGUAAGCGAGAUGGUGAUGGCGUGAAUUACCUCAUAGUUACAUACAACCUACUCGGGAAGCUCCAUCUUAUUCUGCUCUUCUUGUUUGGAGUGUUCCACCUUAUUCUUGAGCACGCGAGGAGGGCCCUAAGAGUUUUGAAGCCUGCCAGAGUUUCUGCUUCCACGCUAUAGAAACACCGUUUGAAUUGGGAUACUCCUUUUCUGUCCUAAAGCUGCUAUUGGGAAACUAGGAAUUGACAAGAAAAAUUAUCUUGCAGAGUAAAUAGCCAAUGAAAGAUUACGGUGGAAGUUCUUCGUUCUUUGGACAAGUGUGAAUUCAGAGAUAGUACUUCCGGCAAAAGUGCUGUUGCAGAGUCUUGAUGUGACAGACUGGUCCUCCAUGGAAUUGUUUUGUAACUUGCCCCCCUGGUUUUGUGAGUGAGAGGCAAGUCAUGGCAGUUGCGCAUAGUCUGGAUGUGAGGAUUUGUAUUGUAUUGUUGUUCAAUUCAACACAAAUGAAGUACACAUUUUUUAUCAUCAGAACGCUUUUCGCUUC